CCGUCGGCUCGGGGAACGGGCAGCGCGUGCGCAGGCAAUCCAUCCAGCAAGGGACCCUUGAAUUUCUCUGGGAUUCCCGAAUUAGCAGUGCAGAGCAAAGCGGAGGACCGUGUGAAGCAGCUGCUGGGCUGGCAGGCGCGCUCUAAAGGGGAUUAAGCCGCAGAGAGAGCGGGAGAGGCAGGGACCGAUUCACCAUUGACCUGAAUUAAACACUUCUCUCUCUCUCUAAAAAUCUGCCCUUUUGAGUUUUAUCCUUUGCAUCAGGUGACAGCACAUAGCGCAAACUGCAGAAUGGGGAAACAGAAUAGCAAACUGGCCCCUGAAGUGAUGGAGGAUCUGGUGAAGAGCACGGAAUUUAACGAACAUGAACUCAAACAGUGGUACAAAGGAUUUCUAAAGGACUGUCCUAGUGGUAGACUGAACCUUGACGAAUUUCAGCAGCUUUAUGUAAAGUUUUUUCCAUAUGGAGAUGCUUCAAAGUUUGCCCAACAUGCCUUCAGAACCUUUGAUAAGAAUGGCGAUGGAACCAUUGACUUCAGAGAGUUCAUUUGUGCAUUGUCCAUCACCUCAAGGGGUAGUUUUGAACAGAAACUAAACUGGGCCUUUAAUAUGUACGACUUAGAUGGCGAUGGUAAAAUCACAAGAGUGGAGAUGUUGGAAAUUAUAGAGGCCAUUUACAAGAUGGUGGGUACUGUGAUAAUGAUGAAAAUGAAUGAGGAUGGUCUCACGCCGGAGCAACGAGUAGACAAGAUUUUCAGCAAGAUGGAUAAGAACAAAGAUGACCAGAUCACACUGGAUGAAUUCAAAGAAGCUGCAAAGAGUGAUCCUUCCAUUGUAUUACUCCUGCAGUGUGACAUUCAAAAAUGAGCUAAUGUAAAAUGCAUUAUGGACUGCACAGAAGUUUAGAUGUUCCAUUCAGUUUGCAGCUAUUUCCACACACACACAAAUUGCUUGGACUACCUAUAAAUGGACUUGCUUCUUGUGUUUGAAACACUCGUGUGCAUGAGAAUGUCAUCUGCUAAAGAAUUUUAAAAGUAUAUAUUAUAAAAAUAAACUGCCACAAUGUGAUGUGUGCAAUGUCAUUUCAUAACAAUCCUAUUCCUCUGAAGCCCGUGCAGCAGUGAAAUACUAUUGAUUGUUCGUUUUACUGACGCUAGCUAUGUGUCUCCUAGCCUGAGUAAUGUUAGUGACACUGACUUCCCAUGGUAAUGUAACUGUUGAUUAUAAACCAGGUCACCAUUCUGCUGUAAAGUAGUACUGGACAGACAGGGGCGAAAGUUCCUCAGUUCAUGAGUCUGAUCCACACAUGUGCUUGUAUUGUCAGUGAAUAUAAAUGUAAUUCAUUUGCAUGCCUUUUAGGUUUGCCUUAAUUCUUACCUCAUUUGCAUCCUUUCAAUCUGGAAAGAGCUAUGUCAGAGGAAUGCAGUAUAAACAAAGUUAAGUAAAUCCUGCUAAAAAUGUUCCCUUAAUUAAAAAGUAUAUAUACACAUUUAAAAUAUUGUUUUACUGGAAGUUUAAAAAAGUUUUAUUGGAAGUUUAUUGAUUUCUGCCUGAAUUUUGAAAAGCUUCUAAAGAGGUUGCAAUAUAUGUCCAAAAUAAAUUUAUAACAUUU